ACCAUCUUUUGAUUCUAUCAACCAUUCUUACUUUCUAGGGUUUCAAAAUAUUCAUUGACUUGUUCCUCUGGGUUUGCAUGAUAGCUAUUGUACUGGAAGAUCAUCUGAGAACUAAUAUUGCUUUUCAUAGAUUCACUUGGACAAUUCAAGAUCUCUCAGAGAGGAUAACCAAGGAACUACGCUCCCAAUCUUUCGAAGCUGGCGAUUGUAGAUGGCGAAUCGUUGUGAAUCAAGUAGAAAGGAACGGGGAGCAAUAUUUGCGAGUGAUUUUGAGGGUUGCAAAUACUUUGUUACCAUUGAGAUGGAGAAAAUUUGCUCGCAUCAAGAUGAUUCUUGUUAAUCAGAUGGAUCGGAACAUGUCCAUUGAAAAGGAGACUGAACAGAGGUUUAAUGCCGGAUAUAAAGCCUGGGGUACACCAUUCGUGAAUCUCAGUGAGUUCUAUAAUACUACGAGAGGCUACCUUGUGAACAACACAUGCAUCAUAGAAGCGGAACUAUACAUAUCUCAUGGUCCUUUUAACCUUCAAGACAACGCAAGGACUCAAAAUGUUGUCCAAACCCAUGAAUCUCCGACAAACAUGGAGGUAACAACACAGCUUGGAGAUCAAGGAAUAGAUUCUUCGGAUGACACCUUGAGUUUCACAUCCCUAGAGUCUACAUGGAAUCAUGCCAGUCAAACAAAUCUAGAACUCCUAGAGAUGGAAGAUCAAGUAUCUGCAAGUCCUUCCAACGGGAAUCAUAGUUUUACAGAAGUGUGCUCUUUACAUAGGGAUCGCCCUUUGUAUCCUACCAUAGAUGAUGAACCUGAGGGAGUGCCCUUAUCCCCUCCUCUUAGUGAGAUUAUAGAUUUCAGAAGUUUAGAAGCAGAAGAACUGGCUCUUGUUCCAUUGCUGGAGGAGGUGUGUUCAUGGAAACCUUCACUGAUUGAGAGUCAGAGGAAAAGAACUUCAAGGUUCAUUCGCUGGGCAUUCAUAGCUUUGGGUCAAGUUCUAUAUUUUCUCAAGACAAUGAAGGUGAGAAAUAUGGAUGAUGAAAGUACUUGUAGGCGGCUCCAGGGUUUGUGGGAGGAGCUUCAGAUAUUUGGUUUUGACUUAACUUGGUUGGAGGUUCAUGUUCAAUCUGCCUUGGGUAUGAAAGCUUAUUUAGACAGGGCAGAGCAAGUGAGAUCACUGAAGGAGAAAGUGGCUGGUUUGGAGAUUGAAAUGAAGAAGCUGAGGGCUAAUUUGGCUGUUGCAGAAGUUGAAAUUAACACAGAAAGGGAACGCUUGGCAGAUGAAGAGAAGGGUUUUGAAAAGAUUAACAUGGAUGCUCAACUAGGCUAUGGCAUGUUUUAGACAAUAAUUUAGUUUUAUAUUGUUAGUUAGCUGAAGGCUCUAGGAAAGGCCUGCCAUGCUAUGAAUUGAUCCGUCUCUUUGAUCAGCAAACUCUCCUUCAAUAUCUUUCCUACUCUUAUCCAGUUCUCAUUAACUUGAAUUUAUCCCAUUGACCUGGCUUAA